GUUUUGACGCCCUCAAUCGAGAAGGGCCCAUGUGAAAAAUUCGAUCGCAACGUCUCAAUCUCCUUGAACGCUAAUCAUCGAUCUGUGCCCCCUGCUUCGUCAUUUUCUCUCUCUCGGUGCAAACUAUUCUGAGCUGGAGCUAUCAAUCACCUCGUCCAUGCCUUCGUGCUCACGCCGAAGCUUGCAAACUUGCGGGGAGCGAUGCGUUGGAAAUUUGAUCGGGGCGACGCGGUGGAAGAGUGAUGUCGGGGCUGAGCUCGAGUGCAUGAGUAUUUUACGAGUUGGGUUUGUGGCCAGGGGGUGGUUUUGUGGGAGGAGGUGAUGCUUGCGAGAGCAGGGCGUGGUUAGGGUUUUUGAGGUCGGGAGGUGACAUUGUUCGUGGAGGGAGUGGUGGGUGUGUGAGCAGUUCGGAGCAUCAUGAUGAUGCAUGAUGCUGGCAUCGAGGCCAAGGAAGCGGCCGUCCGCGAGGUCGCUAAGCUGUUGCCUCUCCCUGAUUCGUUGGCUUCUGUGAACAGCAUCAGAUCUGACUACGCCUUGCGGCAACAGCACAAUGAUGCUCAGCUCAGCAGCAGUGUCAUGUCACAGGUAGAGCAAGCUAGGGCUGGUAUCGAUGCACUUGCUGACUCGCAAUCCAAGAUCGGAACUCUUCGUGAGAAUUUUGAACUCAUUGACAGGUUGUGCCGAGAAUGUCAGACGCUGAUUGAGCACCACGAUCAAAUAAAGCUUCUCAGCAACGCUCGAAAUAAUUUGAAUACAACCUUGAAGGAUGUUGAAGGCAUGAUGUCUAUUUCCACGGAAGCUGCGGAAGCAAGGGCCUCACUUUCAGAUGAGCGGGAGCUGUUACGGACUUUUGAGGCACUAACAGCACUUGAGCAGAAGAGGAGGUUCGCACUAGCCACAGUGUCGACACGAAAAGAAGAAGCUGGAAAGUUGACAGAGUAUUUUGAAGAUGUGAGCAAUACCCGAGCUAAGUUUGAGCAGACUCUUUGGAGCCACAUUGGAAAUUUUUUCCACCUCGCCAAAGAUAGUCCUCAAACCCUGGUACGGGCAUUAAGGGUAGUGGAGAUGCAGGAAAUCUUGGACCAACAGCAAGCCGAGGAAGCGGCUGAAGCAGAGGGUGCUGGACCGAUGUCCAACCUCCCCGCACCCAGAGCUAUUCGCAAGUCACAGAAUCUCUCUCAACCUCCAGAGGAACAAAGCAAACCCAGAGUUGGUGGACUUGGAUAUAAGGAUCGUUGCUAUGACGAGAUUAGAAAGACAAUUGAGGCGAGAUUUGAUGUCUUGCUAAGCACGCUUGUUAUGGAAGACUUGAAAGCUGCUCUGGAAGAAGCGAGUGCGAUUGCGCAAGAACUCCUCGACAUUUUUGACUAUGUGGCCCCAUGUUUCCCCCCACGAUAUGAGAUUUUCAAGUACUGUGUACAUUUAUACACAGAGCGUUUUAUCCAAAUGUUACGGAGGCUCGGAGACAGAUCUAACGAGUUAUCCAACCUUGACAUCUUGAAGGUUACAGGAUGGGUAGUAAACUUUCAAGAGCAAUUGAUUCAACUGGGUAUUGAGGAAGGAUUGGCAGCUCAGUGUGCUGAAAGUGGAGCUAUGGAUCCACUCAUGGACGCCUAUGUAGACCGGAUGCAGAAGUCCAUGCGGAAAUGGUAUACAAAUAUUUUGGAAGCAGAUAGAACAAAUCCUCCGAAGAGAAGUGAUGACGGGAAGCUUUACACUCCGGCAGGAGUAGACCUGUUUCGGAUUCUUACAGAACAAGUCCAAGUUGUGCAAGAGAACAGUACUGAUGUUAUGCUCUUUCGGAUUGCUCUUGCUAUCAUCCAGAUCAUGAAUGAGUUCCAGGCAGCCCAGCGUAAGCGGCUUGAAGAACCAGCAGCAGAUGUUGGAUUGGAGCCUUUUUGUGCUAUGGUUAACAGCAAUUACAAGUGUCACGAAUUGGCUUUAGAGCUCAGCAACAGUGUCCUAGAAGCCCUCACUCCUUAUUACGCCGACCAGGUCAAUUUCGAAGACACUUGUAAGGGAUUCCUUGAGGUUGGAAAGGAGGCCCUGUCGCAGGCCGUUCAAGUGAUUUUUGAGGACCCUGGUGUCAAAGAAUUAAUUGGAAAACUCUACCAGAAAGACUGGUACGAAGGUUUAGUGACAGAGUAUCUCGUGGCCACAUUCACUGACUACUUUGGUGACGUCAAAUUGUAUGUGGAAGAGAGAUCUUACAAAAGAUUUGCUGAAGCAUGCCUUGAAACUACUAUUGUGUUGUAUGUGGACCGACUUCUUACCCAGAAACAGUACAUAAAGGAAGAAACUUUGAAGAGGCUCGAAGUUGAUGAAGAAGUUCUCGGCGAGUUCUUCCGGGAGAUAAUUACCCCUGCUAAGGUAGAUAAGCGUAUUCUACCGCUUGCCGAACUUAGAGACCUUGCCUCGGCAGAAAGCGUAGAUGCAUUCACUGAAGCAUACGCAAAGCUUCUGCAGAAUCAUCCCGAUUGCCCACCGGAAGUAGUGGAGAAGCUGGUAGCACUGCGAGAUGAUAUCCCAAAGAAAGACGCCAAAGAAGUGGUUGGAGAGUGCAAAUCUCUUCACAACGACAAGUUAAAGGAAGGGGAAAUUCCUAAGCCGGGUCUUGUGUUCAGUCGACUGACUUGCCUUGCAAAAUACAGGCCAGGAAGGAAGUGACGAGAGAAGGAAAUAGUGUUAUGACUUAGGUGUUUCUCGGGAAUAUUCUUUUUAAACUAGACAUACAUGUGGCCGAUGUGACUCUUUGUUGACUUUGGUCUUUAGCCCCAACGCAGAAUAGGGGGACUCCUCAUCAAAGGGGCGUGGUUCUUUGUCUGGCCGAGUGAUUUAUCAUCAUGAAUCAGGAAGCAUGUAGUAAAGCAUCUGUUGCUGGUUGAAAGCGCCAAUUGUUUCAGAAGGCUGGAUUUGAAAUCCUCUCGAUGUAAGUAUAUUCAGGAAAGGUGACUUGUUUUGUUUGUAUCUUACUUUCUUUUAUAAUAUAUUAUAAGAUCUAUGUCUUCUGUCUGCAGAAGUUCACAUAUCUGCUCAGACAGAGUUUCACUCA